AUGUCCUCGCAACACUUUGAGGGCGACUCCCAAAUGCUUGAUCUUGAUGCUCUUGAUGCUGAAGAUGGCGAUGAGUUGGGGCCACCUGUUGGCUUCGCAGUCAUGAACGAUGGAAGCACCCGGGGAACCUUGCCAGAAUUCCUCAGCCCCGUCACCGCCAGCCUUGCCGACAGCUUGCUCAGUCUCAUCAAGGACAACAAGAAUCAAGACAAGGAGGAGAAGUCUGUGGAGGGCAACAACGACAACAUGCAGGAGGAAGAGUGCGGAAAGGGGAAGAGCAAGGCAGAGGACAAGGGUGGCCAAGGAACAAACAACAGUGGUCAGGGCGCGUCCUCAUCAUCUACUAAGAAGACAAAGACCAAGAAGUGA